AGUAGUUUAGUCUAUGGCUUAUUGAAGCUAGGUAUUUUCUUGAAAUGUUACAAUUUGUUGGAAUUUGUGAAAAUAUAUUACUCUAAAUUUGUCUCCAAGGCUUGUGGUGCUAACAGCAAACGGAACCUUUUAGUGCGGUAAUACAAACUUGUUUGUCAUUUCAAGAAAGGGGAGUGGUUAUGCCAGAAGGAUGCCGUCGUCGUCGCGGUCGAGGGGCUCCGGGCGCGGGCCGGACGGCGCGCCACGGGCCCAAGUCAUAGCGCCCAUGUCGGAGCGGCAACAGCUGGCUCUAGUGAUGCAAAUAUCAUCACAAGAUGUUCCUCCAGCCGCUCCGACACCAGCAGAAGAGAGGAAGCGCACUAGACAACAGCGUAACGAGCGAGGUGAGACUCCCCUUCAUGUGGCAGCUAUCAAAGGGGAUCAUGAUCAAGUAAAAAAGCUUCUCGACCAGGGUCAAAAUCCAGAUGUUCCAGAUUUUGCUGGAUGGACCCCACUUCAUGAGGCGUGCAGCUACGGUUGGCACCCUGUCGUUAUAGUACUCGUUAAUGGGGGAGCCAACGUCAAUGCGAAGGGUUUGGACGACGAUACUCCGCUGCACGACGCCGCCACCUCUGGAAACCUUAAAAUGGUGAAAUUCCUCAUUGAACAUGGGGCUGAUCCAAUGGUCAAGAAUAAAAAAGGAAAAAUGCCGUCAGAUUACGCAGCACCACACAUCUAUGAAUAUUUGGAGACACUUAAAGAUAAUAACGUUAGAUCGUCACACGUCAGUCGCACAAGGGAUGACAGCUCCAAGAAGGGUUGCAAUGCUAGUGGUAACAGCGAUUCUAGUAAACGAAGCAACAUGGAUGGCCUAGCGCAGGCUGAUUUUGAAGGCAAGGAAGCCAUUUCGCAGGAGAAGGGGGGUACCACAGAUAGGGAUGAUGGCGCCCAACUUAGCAGUGGCGUGGUGUCGUCCACGCAAGAUGAAUCUAGCAGUAGCACAAAGAGGCCAUAUACAGAAGAAUCGCAAGAAAGUGAAACGGUUGAUGAUGAUGUAUCCAAAAGAAAAAAACGGAAAGAGAACGAAGAAAAGGAGCCAAUGGCAAAACCAGCUCCUGUAGCGCGAGGUGGACCCGGACGAGUUCUUACUGGUAGUAAGCCUCCGGGUCCAGCUAGCAAAACAGGGGCAACUCCACUGGGUAAAAGCAGUGGACAAAACAAAGGAGGUAAUUCCUCCGGAAAAAGUGGACAACAGGCGCAGGGGAAAGGGAGCGGCGCGGGAUCAAAAAACAACUCGCAGGGUUCUCACCAGGGCAAAUCGUCUGGCAGUUCAAAGGCAUCUAGUUCGCAAGCAAGUAAACAGGACAGAAAAAGUCCUGUUGCUAGUCCAAAGUCUCAUCCGGGGAAAGACAAUGCGGAUGGCGAUGAAGAGUCGAAGCAUGAAUCAGCGGCCCCAAAAGUUCCACCUUUAAAGAUUGUAAUUCCUGGUGGUGCAGGUGGUUCAAGCAGCCGGAACGAACAAGAAGGAGAAGGUGGUUCAGGAACAAGAGGCGGCGGCAAGGGGCGUGGCAGUGUAUCAACAUUGCCAUAUGUCAUCCCUUGCACCAGUGCUGAUACAGGGCAGACAUCCGACAGCUCUGACGGCAACUCUGACGACAAGAGGGUUCCUGAUACCGGAAAGGCUGGGCAAAGAGUCCUGCGUUCGCACAGGACAAAUGAUGGGGAGAAGGACAAGGAGAGGACGUCCCCUCAGACAGGGACAGAUAACCGCUCCGGAUCAGGACACAAUCAGUCUUCUUUGCAUUCCAACAAGAGCCCGUCAGCGUCGGGCUCUAGGUAUGAUGGUGGCAAAAGAAAUGCUCGAAAGGGGCACGACGCCGACCAUGGUUCAACUUCAUCAGGCGGUCAUAGCAGAUCUGAAUCAGCUAGUGGUACUGUGGAACUGCAUCCUCGUAAAAGGAAAAUUAAAGCAUCUAGAGAUAGUCAUUCACGAGAUGCUUCAAAAAAUGAUACGGCGGAAACCAGCACUACUGCACAUAAUGUGACUCACGCGAACCCCUACCAGAUGUAUAUUCACAUACGUAAACAGAUUGAUCGACGCCAGAAAGGUUUGUUCCCGGUGAAGCCAAAGCCGCCAAAGGAUUUCAACAAGUAUCUAAUGAAUAGGUGCACAUAUACCCUUCAGAGUAACGUUAAUCCUGAGCCUCCGAUAGAAAUACCUAUAAAUUUACCACCGCAAAUGAUCAAUGAGUUUAUGACUCAGGAAAAAGAAAGAACCCGUCUACGUAUUCAACAUCUAGUCGAAAAGGAAAAACUUGUACUGGCGGUCGAACAAGAAAUACUUCGCGUUCAUGGGCGCGCCGAACGCGCUGUGGCUAAUCAGGCUCUUCCUUUUUCUGUGUGCACAAUGCUGCGGGACAACGAAGUCUACAAUGUAUUGGCUCCAGAACAGGAGGAGAAACGCAACGCGCAGCGUUCCCGGUGUAACGGUAGACAAAUUAAUUCCUGGUUGCAAGAAGUUGACGACAAAUGGGAAAAAAUCAAAGAGGGGAUGCUUCGGCGUCAGCACACGGAAGCAGAAACCUUACACGCAGUACAAACGAUGGGUUGGGAAUGGAAGCUGAAGGAAUUAGGCAUAUGUGAUUAUAAGGCGACGCCUAAAAUUGAUUCGACUCAUGUACCACAAAUACACGUGUCGAAUUUUGACUUGCCCGCUUGAAUUUUGAGUUCAGAUUGCCUGUGUUUAUGUAACGUCAGUCUAGAUGGUAAUUUAGGCUGACAUAACUAUUUUUAUGUUAAGUAGGUAGUUUGUCGUUCUAAUUCUCGUUAUAACGCUAAUUGGUAAUGCGACUCAAGCGGAGCUACAAAAUUGGAUUUUUGAAAACAAAUUCUCGAUAUUUGUCGAACCUUGUAUGAUUCUCCCGCGCCACACCUCUCGGAAACUUAUGACCCUACACUAGUAGAUGCUACUGUUUAAUAUAUUAUUUUAUGAGUUGAAAAACGAGUCAUUUGUUCUCGAGGGUGGACAUUAUAUUAGUAAAUGUAAUUAUUUUGACAUUUCGUGAAUUAAUUUGUAUAGUUAUGAUUUAAUUUGUUAUAUAUAUAACUUGUAGGAUAGCUUAGCUAUACCGUAUGACUUUCUUUACCGUUCAAAAAAGGUAAGAGUAACUCCUAAGUAUAUGCAGUAUAUUAUUAUAAGCGUACGCUGCAUAUCCUGUAUGUAUUCUGUCUACAAUAAUUAUUAAUAAAAAAUACCGUUGGCAAUAUUUUGGUUUUCGAUAAACAGAAAUGAAAUAUAUUAAUUAAUAAUAUUUAAACGUUGAAUUCGUUUACCAACAUGUAAUUACAAUAAAAAGAGAUUUUCAGGAUUCCAUUAGCAAUCGAAUCGUCUUCACUUCACUAUUAUGCCAUGAUUUCCCGACGGUUAAAAAAGUCACCCAGUAUAAGGAAUAAUUAAUUAUAGUUUUGACUUAUUUUUAAGAAUUUAAUUUCUCGCAUGUUUUAUGAAGCGAACAUUUCAUAUUGAAGCACUACUUUUCUAGAUGGUAUAGACGAACUAGCUACAUUAUUUCUAAACUAAUAUAUUAAUCAUGUCGUGUUUAUAAA